UAAAAACUCUGCUGCUUAUAUAUUACAACUCAUAACCAGUUAAUCAAUACCCGGUGUUUUCAUUAAGGCUUAUUCUUUUUAAAUAUCUUAUUUGAAUAAAAUAAAUACCAUGGCAGAUGAUGAACAAGACCCAAAAGAAUAUCGAUGGGAAACGGGCUAUGAAAAAACUUGGGAGGCUAUUAAAGAAGAUGAAGACGGUUUGGUCGAGGGUUUGGUGGCGGAGUUUGCACAAAAAGCGGCUCGAAAAGCAGCGACUCCACGUCGCGGUCCUGUUAGACUUGGCAUGAUGCGCCAUUUACUUGUAGCAAUUGAUUGUUCAGAGGCAAUGAAUUCACAGGAUCUAAAACCCACUAGGUUUUUGUGUACUCUUAAAUUGUUAGAAAAUUUUGUAGAAGAAUUCUUUGAUCAGAAUCCAUUAAGUCAACUUGGUAUUAUAGCAUUGAAAAACAAAAGGGCUGAAAAAAUUACAGAAUUAUCAGGAAAUGUUAGAAAACACAUUAAAGCUGUUCAAGGGUUAUCUAAUUUAGCUUUAACAGGUGAGCCAUCAUUACAAAAUACUCUGGAAGUUGCUGGUAGGACAUUAAGACCUCUUCCCGGCCAUGCAUCUAGAGAACUUCUCGUGUUAUUUGGUUCUUUGACAACAUGUGAUCCCGGUGACAUAAGUGGUACCAUACAGACUCUCAAAACUGAUGGAAUACGGUGUUCUGUCAUUGGGUUGGCAGCAGAAAUAAGAAUUUGUAAAAAAUUAUGUCAAGAUACUGGUGGAGAAUAUGGGGUGGUGUUAGAUGACGUGCACUACAGGUCUCUCUUGCUAGAACAGACUUCACCUCCCGCAAGAGCUCGGGCCUUAGAUGCUGGACUUGUAAAGAUGGGUUUCCCGUACACACCACCAGUAGCUCAGCCUGAUGCUGAUCCUCCAAUUACUGUAUGCAUGUGCCACCUGGAGGAGGGCGACGGCGAGGGCGAGGGCGGCGAGGGUCACGUGUGUCCGCAGUGCCGCAGCAAGUACUGCGCGCUGCCGGCGCAGUGUCGCACGUGCGGCCUCACGCUCGCCUCCGCGCCGCAUCUCGCCAGAUCGUACCAUCACCUUUUUCCUGUAGAGCCGUAUGAAGAGAUAAAAAACGAAGGACAAGCACAGUUCUGUUUCUCAUGCUUAAGAUCUUUUACAGAUCUCGACAAACAGCUGUUCCGCUGCGCGCGCUGCCUCGAGCACUACUGCUGGGAGUGCGAGCACGUGGUGUCCAGCUCGCUGCACGUGUGCGCGGGCUGCGCGUCCCGCCCGCACCUCUACCAGCGGCUGCCCAGCGCCGACUGACCGCAGGCUAACUUCAAAUUCGUCUGAAUGAGGCUCAAUGUCGAUGAUGAACUCCUAAAGUACACCCUGUUCG